AUGACCGGACGUGGUACUAAACGAGUUUUAGUUCAAACUUCUGAUUCUGAAGAUGAAAAUAACCUACUAAUUACUGAAAGUAGUGGAGCUCAACAAUCACGCCAACACUCUGAUGAUAAUGACAAAAGGAGCAUAUGUUGGAGAUAUUUUAAUCCAUUUAAAGUUCCAAAACGUGGAGAAAUAACAAAAUGUACUAUUGAUGGAUGUAAUAAGAAAUACACAUGGAGCGGAUCCACUUCUAACCUUGUUAAACAUCUUAAGACUAAACAUGGUAUACCACCCACAACUGUUCAGCCAUCCCUAACAAACAAUAGCUUUAGAAACUUUGAAGUUAAUCUGCCAGUAAUUAAAUUUAUUGUUUCCUCCAUAUUGCCUUUUGAUAUUGUUGACAAUUUAAAUUCUUCUGGGCUUGUUAAUUCACAAAUUACUCCCAGCAUUAUAGCAAAUCAAAUACCUCAAUCAAAAGUUCAACAAGCAAAGUCUGCUAUGCUUUCAAUUAGUGUGAAUAUUACUGAUAAAGAUGAUGAUUAUAUCAUAGUCGCUUGUAAUUGGUUAACAAAGGACUUUGAAUUUCAUAAAAUCUUUAUGUAUAUGUAUAAAUUUAUUUUUAUUGAUAUUGCACCUAUUGACUAUAACAUCGAGGAUUUAAUUAAGUGGGGAUUAACCAAUUUGAAAUUUAUUAGCUACAUUCCAGGGGAUUUGGCUUAUUUUAAAAGUUUCUAUUUCUAUGAUAAUUUAAAUUUUGAUGAGGUGCUCGACGAGCUAAAAGGUGAUAGUGAAAAUAUGAUUACAUGCGUAAGCGGGGGUAGUGGUGAUGGUUUAAUAAGACAUAGUUUAAAAAGAUGGGCAGAAAAAAAUACCAAUGUUCAAGAAAUGUCUGAUAUUAUCAAUGCUAUUUUGAAUGCUACUCAACACCUUUGUUCAGUAAUAGAGUUUUUAAAAGAUGAAAAGAACUCUAAGAACAAUGAAUAA